CAGUCCAGUCAGUCUCACCUCUGUGCCUGGCAAAAUCUUUGAGCAGAUUUUCCUGGAAAGCAUGCUAAGGCACAUGAAAAAUAACAAGGUGGUUGGUGACAGCCAGCAUGGCUUCACUAAAGGGAAAUCCUGCCUGACCAAUUUGGUGGUUUUCUAUGAUGGGGCUACAGAACUGAUGGACAAGGGUAGAGCAGUUGACGUCACUUACGUGGACUUGUGCAAAGCGUGCAACACUGUCCCACGCAACAUCCUUCUCUCUAAAUUGUAGAGACAUCAAUUUGAUAGGUGGACCACUCGGUGGAUAAGGAACUGGCUGGAUGGCUGCACGCAAAUUGUGGUCAAUGGCUCAAUGUCCAGCUGAAAACCAGUAACGAGUGGCGUCCCUCAGGGAUCGGUGUUGGGACCGCUCUUGUUCAACAUCUUUGUCGGUGACAUGGACAGUGGGAUUGAGUGCGUCCUCAGGAAGUUUGCCGAUGACACCAGGCUGUGUGGUUCGGUUGACACGCUGGAGGGAAGGAAUGCCGUCCAGAGGGACCUUGACAGGCUUGUGUGGUGGGCUGAUGCCAACCUCAUGAAGUUUAAGCAUGCCAAGUGCAAGGUCCUACACCUGGGUCAGAGCAAUCCCAGGCACAGCUACAGGCUGGGCAGAGAAGAGAUUCAGAGCAGCCCUGCAGAGAAGGACUUGGGGGUGUUAGUCAAUGAGAAAAUGAACAUGAGCUGGCUUCAGUGUGCACUUGCAGCCCAGAAAACCAACCGUAUCCUGGGCUGCAUCAAAAGGAGCGUGACCAGCAGGUUGAAGGAGGUGAUCCUGCCCCUUUACUCUGCUUUUGUGAGAACUCACUUGGAGUAUUGUGUGCAGUUCUGGUGUCCUCAACAUAAAAAGGACAUGGAAGUGUUGGAACAAGUCCAGAGGAGGGCCACAAAGAUGAUCAGGGGACUGGAGCACCUCCCAUAUGAAGAUAGGCUGAGAAAGUUGGGGCUGUUGAGCCUGGAGAAGAGACGGCUGCGUGGAGACCUCAUAGCAGCCUUCCAGUAUCUGAAGGGGGGCUAUAGGGAUGCUGUAGAGGGACUCCUCAUUAGGGACUAUAGUGACAGGACAAGGGGUAAUGGGUUAAAAUUUAAACAGGGGAAGUUUAGAUUGGAUAUAAGGAGGAAAUUCUUUACUGUGUGGGUAGUGAGGCACUGGAAUGGGUUGCCCAGGGUGGUUGUGAACGCUCCAUCCCUGGCGGUGUUCAAGACCAGGUUGUACAGAGCCUUGGGUGGCAUGGUUUAGUGUGAGGUGUCCCUGUCCAUGGCAGGGGGGUUGGAACUAGAUGAUCUUAAGGUCCUUUCCAACCCUAACUAUUCUACGAUUCUAUGAUUCUAAGAGA